AUGACACAAGAAGAAAAGCUUGAAGUCCUCAAAGAUUCGAAGGAAAAAUCCAUUCUCCAUAACAGUUUGGAUUCUGUCCUGUCAAAUAGAGUAAUCGCAUGUAAAACCUCUAAAGAGAAAUGGGACACAUUGGAAGUUCAAUGUCAAGGAAUAGAAGCGAUUGAAAAGAAUCUAAGAGCAUGGCUUGUUCAAGAAUAUGAAAGAUAUGAGACGAAUCCUGAUGAAGAUCUUACUGACUCAUAUGAUCGAUUUCUUACUUUAUUGAGCAAUGUAUCUCUUGCUGGAAAAGAAUAUGAAGUUGAAGAUUUCAACACAAAGUUUUUCAAAUCAUUACCUGAAGAAUGGGAUAUUCAUAGCUCUAUCAUAAGGCAUCAGUAUGACCUAAGUACGGUUUCUCUGGAUGAAGUAUAUGGAUUGCUAAGAACUCAUGAUUUGGAGAUUCAACAAAGAAAAGCCAGGAAUGAAAAUAGAGAUAAGUCAUUAGCAUUGAGAGCUAAGACAAAAAAGGAAAAGAGCAACUAUGUUGAAAAGCGUCAAAAUCAGAUCAGGAAUCAAGUAUCAGUUAUUAACACUAUAUCAGUUACUGAGGAUUCUUCCGGAGAUGAUGAUAAUGUAGUUCUUAUGAAGCAAAGAUAUAGGAGAUUAUGGACAGGACACUUUGCAAAAGAUUGUACAAAACCUAAAGCAGAUGGAAGCAAAGGUAAGGCACUUCUCACUUCAACCAAAGAUUGGAUGGAAUCAUCUUCUGAGUCUGAAGGAGAAGAAGUGAACUAUGCACUUGUGGCAAGUUUUGAAGAAACUAAAUUCACAAAUGACUCCUCUACUGAUAAGGAUACAUUUGAAAAUGACAAAAACGAGAGUAAAGAGAAAGAUUUAAAAGACAUUUUUGUUAAAGAAAGUUCCGACAAACAUGAUGAGAUAUCAAAGACUGUUUCUACUAACUUUGUUUGUGAUGAAAAAGCUAUUUCUCAUGAAGAAAAGAAAACUGAGAAGGUUUUCGUAAAGAAAACAGAGAAAAGCAAUAAUGAUGUCAAAAGGAAAAUUUCUAAUACUGAAAAGAAGGAAAAACAGGAAAAAGCCAAAAACAAUGCAUAA